AUGACCACUAUCAGGUCCCUCAUUGCCAUAGCAGCAAAGAAAAAAUGGCAAAUCUCAAGAUGUAAACAAUACAUUCAUGGAGAUUUGCAUGAGGAGGUGUAUAUGCAAGCUCCUCCAGGCCUAGUGCACUCUCCAAGGUUAGUGUGCAAGCUGAAUAAGUCCCUUUAUGGACUGAAACAGGCAAGUAGACAAUGGUACGACAAAUUGACUGAAGUCCUAUAUUCAAGAGGGUAUACACACUCCAUGCAUGAUUACUCUCUAUUUUACAGAAAACAGGCCUCUUAUAUUGUCUUUGUAGCAGUGUAUGUAAAUGAUGUAUUACUCACAGAGACUGAUUCUGAAGAAAUUAACCAGCUUAAGGCUUUCCUACAUGACAAGUUCAAAAUUAUAGAUUUAGGGCAAUUACAUUACUUCCUAGGACUAGAAAUCCUCUACAAGUCAGAUGGCAUUAUCAUUUCACAAAGAAAAUUUGUUUUGGACCUGUUAAAGGAAUAUGAGUGUCUUCAUUCUCCAGCUUUGACUUCUCCCCUUGAUUCUACAGUCAAAUUAAAGGCAAAAGAAGGAACCCCAUUAUCUGAUCCUACAUUCUACAGGAAGCUGAUUGGAAAAUUAAACUUUCUUACUAACACUAGAUUAGACAUAGCAUAUGGAGUUCAACAUCUCAGCCAAUUUAUGCAAGAUCCUAGGGAGCCCCAUCUACAGGCAGCUUAUCAUAUGCUAAGGUACUUGAAAAAGGAUCCCACUCUAGGCCUAUAUUUCAGUAAUGCAGAUAAUCUUCCAUUAGCUGCCUAUGGUGACUCUGAUUGGGCAGCCUGCCCUGAUUCUAGAAGAUCAGUGUCGGGUUACAUUGUGUUCCUAGAGGGCAGCCCCAUUAGUUGGAAAUCCAAAAAGCAAGAAACUAUAUUUCUUUCCUCAGCAGAGGCAGAAUACAGAGCUCUUAGGAAAGUUGUUGGUGAACUUGUUUGGCUAUCCAGGUUGCUUGAAGAACUUACUGUAUCUAUUGAUUUACCAAUACCUAUACAUUGUGAUAGUCUUUCUGCUUUGCACAUUGCUCGGAACCCUGUGUUCCAUGAAAGGACUAAGCACAUUGAAGUAGAUUGCCACUUCGUGCGUAUCAAACUUCAGGAGGGGCUCAUCUCUUUACAUCACAUUGGUACAUGCCAGCAGCUUGCAGAUGUGAUUACCAAAGCCCUCACUAAGAUCAAGCAUUUUUCUGUACUUGGCAAGUUGGGUGUGAUUUCCUCACAUCCAACUUGA